CCAGAUGUGCGAUAUUUGAAAAUUCUGCAUCGCCUUUGUCAUAUAUGUGCCAUGUCAGUGCUACACUACUUUGGUGGGCUUAUUGCCUCAGAAACAUCAAAUCAAUGAACAAGCUUACAUACUACAAUUUGCUGAUCCUGUCAUUCGUGGAAUAGGGUUCUGUUUUUAUAUGUCGGCCUAAAAUUGUCCUUUAAUUUUUCUUUACGAUGCGAUGUUUUGUGUUGCCUGUUUCAUUCCAUUACAGUCGCCUUGUCUAACCCAGUGACUUCCUUCCUCUUGUUCCGACUGCGACUUUGAUCCGGAAGUACACCACUGCUUGUUGUAAGUGUCCUUGUAUUAUUCGUAAUAUCAUAAAUGAAUUUGAAAAUGGGGAUGAUUCUAGGCAUACAUCGUUUAUUUAUCCCUUCACUAAAGUGUUUUUUUUUAAACCACAAAACGGAUACCGUCAAACGGGGUGAAGUGGAUAUAGCGGGGUGAAGUGGAUCAACCGCGUUUUCCCGCAUAUUUUAUCGCGUAACUCAUAGACAAGACACUAAAUUGCCGCGAAAAAAAUUCUGUGUCCACUGUUACCUCCUAAGAUUGCUAACUCGUGCCUUGGAUACAAUUAUGGAUGGUUAGUUUCCUCACAAAAAAAAGUUUCGUACUCUCUCAUAUAAACAGUUUUCAAUUGUUCAACUUCAAUUAUAUAUUUUGCAAUAACUACGAUAGUUAUUCUCACCUAAACUUUUACAAGCUACAUAUAAACUAUUUGGAAUGAUAUUUCCCAUUUUGAAAUCAAAUGUACCACCAAAGUUCUUUAGGAAAAAAAUAUUUGUUACAUCACUCAAAAGUGAGGGGUGAAGUCGAUCACCAAUGAUUUAGUCAUGUUUGACCAUGUUGCGUAUAGGCCCAUAUCGCAAAAAUACCAUUUUAGUAUAUCCGCAUGCAGAGGAUAUAGCUCUUGUGAAAAGGAACCAAAUAAUUCGCAAAAUCCACCUGAAGCAAGUUACACGUGGCCGGCACAUCUUCACUCUGGAAGCCAAAGAAGAGAGAAUUGAAUCUCUACCUAUAUGAAGACUGACUAGAGUAUAGAGUACAUUCAUAUACCUUCAUUCAGUGGCGCAGCCAAGAUUUUGUUUGGGGGAGGGCGGUCUUUACACCGAACGAUCGUUCGAUGUUUGUACUAGAAAAAAAUUUGAAUUGUUGCUAUCUUUGGGGGAGGGGGAGUUGCCCACUUCCCUAGCUGCGCCAAUUUCACAGUACCUGUUGGUCUUAGGACUCAAAAUAUAUUUUUUUUUUCAUUUCAUCUGAUCCACUUCCACCCUCGUACAGCUUAAGUGAAUAUCCAUUGAUUUUUAAAAUGUGACCCACUUCACCCCAAAGUACGAGGUGAAGUGGAUCGCACUUCAACCAAGAAAAUUUGAAAAACUGUGCAGCCAAAAAUUUUGGUAAAUAGGCCAAUCGAAAGCAAAAGGAUCAUAGAAUCUAUAUUAUAAAUGCCAGCCCGCUCGCACUGAUACUUUGAAUCUUAUUGCUAAAAAAACCUCUAUUUUUGAUCCACUUCACCCCGUUUGACGGUACUCAAUCCCAUUUCCAGUGCUCAAGGUGAAGAACAUCAAACAUUUAGCUUUUGACCUGACUAACGGAUUCGUAUUUGCGCGUCAGUGUUGUCAUGUUGCCAGAAGAUCUCCCGAAGCACACCAAAGGAAGUGACGAAUUAUUGCACAAGCGUAAAUAACCUAUUCUAAAAUCCUUUUUAUUCGAUAAUCCCCUUUUCAGAAAUUUAUCUUUUCCAUGAUUGUUUACCAUUGAGCCCAAUGAGAUAUUUCUACUAUGUCACAAAUCCAUUCAUUCAAUCGUCAGCAUGUGUACGUGAAUACGCGAAUAAAUUCGGCUCGAUAAAUAUUGCUGUAAAUGGUGGAAAACUUCAUUUAAUUGGAUGAAAGUUAUACUGUUAAAAAUCGUGCAUCUGAAAUAAAAAUUAUUGUGCAAUAUUGAUGAAAAUUCCAAGAGUAAAUUGAAGGAACAUUAACAACUAAGACACCGAGAAUUCCAUUGCAAGAUAAAAAAACGGAUAUUAGCAGACAUCUGUGAUAGUAAAUAAACGAUUGAGGCGAACGACUGUGGCUUUUCGGAUAAAUAACAUACCUAAGUGAGGCGAAUUAAGAUGGCUGGAAGUCUAACGUGCAUAAUAUGCAAUAGAACUAUAGGAAAAAGUGGCUAUAAGAUCCAAUGUUGUGGAAUAUGCAAUGGGUGGGCCCAUCUUGGGUGUACAGAUAUUUCGAAAGAGGAUAUUGCCCGAAAGAAGAAAAUAGACUGGAUAUGUAAGAACUGCGAAUCACUAGAAGAGGAAGAGGAUACGGUGGAGGAAUCCCUGGAGGAGCUAACCGAAAAAUUGGAGAGAAAGAGGAGAAGUUUGGAUAAGAUGAAGAAGGAUGAAGGAGGAGGUAAUGUAGAAAAAAUGUUCAAGCAGAUCCUGAAAAAAAUUGAAACUCUCGAAGUAGCGGUUAACUUUAAUAGCAGUACAAUGGAUGAAGUAUUGAACGCUAUGGAAGAAAUGAGACGAGAAAACAAAGACCUCAGAAAGAGACAACAAAACAUGGAAUUCACUAUAGAAAAAAUGGAAAAAAAAUUAAGUAGUUUAAGGGAGCAGGUGUUACAAAACGCAGCUACAUCUGAUGCCCAAAAUAGAAGGAAAAAUAUUAUACUAAUAGGAUUAAGAAAGAAGGAGGAAAUAGCUGCAGUCUUCAACAAGCUCGAAGUCAAAGUUCCGGAGAAUGAAAUGAAAAAGAAAAGACCAAGAACAUGGUAAUACAACAGCGAAAGGUGAUGGGAGUUUUAAGUUCAAAGAGCAUGGGAUUGGAAGGAGAUGACAGAAGGAUAUAUAUAAAUGAAGAUUUACCGAAAGAAACACAGGACUUACUAAAAAAGGCGAAAGAGCUGAGAAAUUCAGGAUACAGAUACAUUUGGUCAAAGGGAAAUAAGGUUUUCUGUAGGAAGGGUGAGUACACGAAGAUAAUUCAUAUUCAGAAUAUUGAACAGGUUGAAGAGAUGAAAAAACAAAAUUAAGUUAAACAUAUUCAUUACAUUAAUACCGCAUGGAUGAAUUUGUGAGGAAUUAUCAAUUGGAGCAACCAUAUACCAGAAAUUUUCAAAUCACGGAGGAACUCAAUUUAUUUACCAA